UGCGCGGAAGAAACUGGAGAAUUUUCGCUUUUGUCUGCUCUGUUUUCUCUUCCUCUUCUUUGGUUUCCUUUAAAUAGGUGUAAGAGGAGAGAGGGGGUAAGCAUACAGCUACUCUUUGCUUUCUCUCGUGCAGAGCGUUUCUUGCUACUGCUUCCUUCACGCUCAAUCUCUUUCAUUGAGAUCUGCGCUUCGGUUUUCGCCUUCCAUUUGUCACUCUGAAGCUUUCAGCCUGCUAUUAUGGCUUCUUCAAAUGGAACAACAAACAAUGCUCAUCCUUCUCCACACCCACCACUGAAUGAGAGAAUUCUUUCUUCAAUGACUAGGAGAUCUGUUGCUGCACAUCCUUGGCAUGAUCUUGAGAUAGGACCUGGGGCUCCAAAGAUUUUCAACUGUGUUAUUGAGAUAGGAAAAGGAAGCAAAGUGAAGUAUGAACUUGACAAAAAAACUGGUCUAAUCAAGGUUGAUCGGAUUCUUUACUCAUCUGUUGUUUACCCACAUAACUAUGGCUUUAUUCCUCGGACUCUUUGCGAGGACAAUGACCCCAUCGACGUCUUGGUCAUCAUGCAGGAGCCAGUUCUUCCUGGUUGUUUCCUGAGGGCUAAAGCUAUAGGCCUAAUGCCUAUGAUUGACCAGGGUGAAAAAGAUGACAAGAUUAUUGCUGUUUGUGCCGAUGAUCCCGAAUACCGUCACUACAAUGACAUCAAGGAUCUCCCACCACAUCGAUUGGCUGAGAUUCGUCGUUUCUUUGAAGACUACAAGAAGAAUGAGAACAAGGAGGUCGCUGUGAAUGACUUUCUGCCAGCCACUGAUGCCUUAAAGGCCAUCCACCACUCAAUGAAUCUCUAUGCAGACUACAUAGUGGAGAGCUUGAGGCGGUAGUCCUCUAAAAGAUUUUCCUGUCCGUAUGGUUUUGUUCAUAUGCUAUCAUACUUGAAUUUACAGUAUGUUUUGUUAAUAUGCCUAUAAAUGGUUGUUUCAAGGAUUGAAUCAAAAAUGUUACACGGCCAUCAUACUAGUGUUAGAUCAAUGGCUAUAUUUUUUCGUUUUUUUUUUUUUUAUAUAUAAAAAGCCCAUUGUAAUGACGUUGAAUGUAUUUUGAAGUGGUUCCAUUUUUCAAUA